AUGAUGCUAAGAAUGGCGAGACUUACUGACGAUGCCGGCGAAGCGUCUGGGAAUGUACCACGUCCACAGUCCGACUUUGCAAAUGUUCAUGCAUAUAAUGGACUCCCGACUAGCUUAUCUGUUAGAUUGCUUGAAGAGGUGCAGAAUGGUAAUGAGUUGGAAGCGAUUCAUCAUUUUGACCAAGUAAUCAAGCCAAAGCAAUCUUGUAUUCUCAGUAGAGUUUCUGGAUAUUUAAGUCGCAAUAAUCUAAUUGUUAUGAAAGCCGACAAAGGUGAAACAUUGGAAGUCAUGUCUAGGUCAAGGAGGAUGUAUCGUGGACUGCAUCAACCUGAACGUCGUAUUGAUGCCAAACGGCUGAAGUACAACGCGAAUCAGCCAGCGUUUUCUGGUGAGAUUCAUGUAUGA